UACGUAUAAAUACGCGCACUGGCUGCCUGACGCACGCUCCAUCCCUCACCUCCUUUCCUUCCCGUCCUUCCUCCAAUGGCAGCCUUCAGUCACUCCUCCCUCCACUUUCCCACCUGCCUGCCGCUUUUUUAGGGUUUUACGCGAAGAUGACGAUUCCCGAGUCGACUCGGACUCGCACCUCGCUUGUCGUUAUGCACAUAAUUAUAUAGUUCCGACUCCGAGGGGUGCUUUGAUCGAAUCGACUGCUUAGGGUAGGGUUGAACUGUGACGUGAUGUCGCCAUCUUCGUCCCACCAGCAGUCGAAGGUUUGCUUCAAUUCCAACUGCAGAAAGGUUUCCGACCGGCAGAGAAAGGGCUGGCGCCGCCGCACCGGCGACUUCGCUGACCUCUGUGAUCCUUGCGCUUCUGCUUAUGAGGAGGGCAAGUUCUGCGAAACCUUUCACCCCACUUCUUCUGGCUGGAGGGCUUGUGAAUCUUGUGGAAAGAAAAUACAUUGUGGGUGCAUCGUAUCCUUCCAUACGUUCGUACUGUUGGAUGCAGGGGGGAUUGAAUGCAUCACGUGCGCAAGGAAGAGUUUCAUUUUGACACCGAAUCCUGCUUGGCCACCUCCUUCAAAUUUUCAUCCUCUGCAACCUGAAGGAAAUAAAGAUUCCAGAAGUUGGACUCCAAUAGCUGGUUCUGGUCCAGUUCCAUGGCGUCAAGCUCCAAGCUUGUUCAAUGGCUCUGUCAUUCAGACUGAGUUGCAGCCAAAAACACCAUAUGGUGAUAUCACCGGUAGCAAAGACAGACUUCAGUUCACUGAAAAAUCUCCUCCGUCUUGUCUCAAGACUAAGGAAAAGGUUGACUCUUUUGGAAUUUUGCUAAGCAAAAGCCUGAAGAGUUCCGUAUCAGGAAAACUUGAAAAGGAGAUUAGUGGAUUUGGUUUUGCUGGAAAGCCUAACCCCUUUGCAAGUGUGACUCAACGAACAAACUCAUCAAAGAACGGUUUUUCAUCUCCUAGCUUUCAAUUGACAAUAAGUUCUACAGCUGGAAAUGAAGGAAGUGAUCUUAGCAAGGUCUUUGAAACCCAAACUCAACCAACUAAGCUUUCACCUCCCAUGGGGAGGCAGUCAUGGAGUCAUAACUGCACGGAUUCUUCUGGAGAAGUUCAAACGUGUAGUGGGAAGUUGCAAGGAGGUGUUGGAGCAAAGCCCCACCUCCUUUGUCGGUAUUAUCCACGGAUUGCCGAUCAUGAACUGCAACAAAUAUCUGGGAACACAAACUGUGUGAUUACUCCUUUGUUUGAAAAGAUGCUAAGUGCUAGCGAUGCUAGCAAAGUAGGACGUUUGGUACUGCCAAAGAAAUGUGCAGAGGCUUAUUUUCCACCAAUACUCCAUCCAGAAGGAUUACCUCUCAAAGUGCAAGACCCAAGAGGGAAAGAGUGGGUAUUUCAGUUUCGGUUUUGGCCCAAUAAUAACAGCAGAGUGUAUGUUUUGGAAGGGUUCACUGCUUGCUUGCAAUCAAUGCAGCUGCAAGCUGGUGAUAUAGUAACAUUCAGUAGGACAGAGCCAGAAGGAAAGUUGGUUUUGGGGUGCAGAAAGUAUUCAUGUGCUCCUUCAAUGGACCAGGGACACGGAACCUCUAAUAAUAACUUUGGCGCUAAAAUUGUAAAACUUGGCGAAAUCUCUACAAAAUGCUCUGCUAAAUUUCAUUUUGCAUCACCCGGUGUUCCGGUAAACAACCAAGCACCUAGUAUGGAUUCAAGAAAUAAAUUGUCUGAAUCAAAUGAGUCAAAUUGCAUAAGUAAGGAGGUCUUAGAAACUAAGCCUCCUGUUCCUACUAAGAAACAGAAUAACACCUUGAAUCCCAAAAGCAAACGAGUGAGAAUUGACAGUGAGCAGUCAAUAGAACUAAACCUCACAGUAAUGGAAGCUCAACAGUUGAUGCGCCCAUCUCCAAAUGAAGCUCCAACCAUCAUUGUAAUUGAAGGCUGUGACUUUGAAGAAUAUGAGCAUGAAGCUCCAAUUAUUGGAAGGCCUACCAUUCCAUGCACAGGCAAUUUGGGUGAGAAGUUCCAGUGGGCUCAAUGUGAGGACUGCUAUAAAUGGCGCAAGAUCCCUUGUGAUGCUCUUCUUCCAGCGAGAUGGACAUGCUCUCAAAACAUAUGGGAUCUAUACAGAUCUGCGUGCUCUGCAGUGGAGGAUGAGUUAACCCCGGAGUGCCUUGCAGGCUUUUCCCCAACCAAUCGUAAAGCUAAGAGAAAGAAGGCUUCUCCUAAACAGGAUAUAAAGUCGCCUGACACUAGUACUAGUACUAUGGCAGAAGCGCUCGCAAAUCUAGCCAUAGAAGAAGAAGAAGAAGAUGGGGAAGGUGGUGGUGUGUCUGCAUCAUCAUCUCAGGGACCCACCGUGAAGCACCCCCGCCACAGACCUGGAUGUACCUGCAUUGUCUGCAUCCAGCCCCCCAGCGGAACUGCUCCCGAACACAAACAGCACUGCGAGUGUAACCUGUGCAAAUCCGUAAGACUGCAUUUCAAAACCGCAAUGCCGAAGAAGAAAGGGACUGAUAAGCUACUGGGGAAAGAAGUGGGACCUGCGGAGGCCGAUCGCGACUCAUUGUCUAGCGAGAGCUGUCGAGAGCAAACGCCGCCAUCUAAGGGAGGAGGAAUAGACCUGAAUGUGAAGCCUGACUCCCCCGUCAACUGGCACCACGAGUUGACAGCUGGCAAUUUGACAUCAGUUGGACCUCAUCAUCAGGUGAUAAAUUUGAACGGUGGCGGUCCUUUGUCGUGUGGGGACCGCGACCUUCAAACGUUUGAUACGGACCUGGAGGUCGGUGAAAUUGUCAAGUUUUCUUUGGUGCAUAUUGAGAAGUAGAAUAGUUAACUUUUUUUUUAAAUGCAUAUUCAUUCAAUAUAUCUUUUUUGGCUUUGUGUAAAUAGAAGUGAAGAAUUAGG